AAUAACAUUGACGAUAGCUCACCGCCCGAGAGAACGGAAACGUGUUCGAGCGAAUCUACAAGUAGCGCAACUCUUCAGGAAGGUUACUUGACGCAGGAAGUCAAGAACGGUGACUGGUAUGCGUGCGAUGAGAGCUUGUUGGACGAAAUGGAAUUGGAGAUCAGAGAGAAUGAGCUGAGAGGAGAACCGAAACCACAGUUAUUGAGCGCAGUGGAAGAAGAGCAGCAGAGUGUGGUCAUCAUUGACGCCGGGAAACAGCCUUCGUUGGGUGAGGUCCAUGAUGAUUGUGGUCUGCUCGGAAAUGAUAGACCUCAAAGAGCUGGU